AUGCAGGAUACUGGCAUCGUCGGGACUGUAGGUGGAAUUACAGCAACUGAAGGCCAGCAAAUGCGAAGUCUAAAACGUGUCUCGGAUGAUAGUACCGAAGCAGCAGCGUUCAUCUUUGCUCGAAAGCAAGCCCGACGUGGAAAUCGCGAAAGCACAACGGGGAAAGCAGAUCAUGAACCACAUGAAGUAUUUCCAUCGACUUCUAAACAAGGAUUUCCAGCAUCAUCUCCUCCACCUUGUGGAAACUUGAAGCCAACAAAGAGCCGUAAAAUGGCGCAUAUCAUGCGGGACUUGCGUUCGCACAUCAUGGUCGAAGAGAUUGAUAAUCCCGAUGACGCUGAGUUUGCACUGGGAGGAAGUGCUGGCACAAGUAGUAGUUGUAGAAGUAAAACGAACUAUGGGUAUAAUGGUCGUGUUGGUGAUCUAGUGAGAAGUCCUAGAGCAACAGAAGGAACACUCGCCAAUUAUAUCAUGGAGAAUCAACCGGAAGAUGAGUACGGGUAUGUUGACUUCCAAGACGAGGACGAUGCUCCACCACCAGCUCUUGUUGACGAUCCAGGAACUGGAGAUGAAGGAGAGGGGGCACCAGGGACAUCAACUGUUUUCAACAUUUCCGCGAAGUUGAUGCAGCAACAGCUCGACCUCUUUCUUCAAGAAGAUGACGAGUUUCUGGGUCCGGCGAUACCUUCAGCGAUAACAGAUCAGGCUUCUAACGAAGAACAAGAAUUUCAAUUCCCAGGGACUGAGGAUGCAGGAGUUGUAGAUCAGCACUUCCCAAUAAGUACAGAGGCACUCGGCGCUGGCGCGUUUUCAUCGUCCGGCGUAACUAGUACGAUCUUUGAACCUUCUACUUCUACGCAGCAUCUGCAUCGGGUUGCCACGAGUGCUGUAUCGUCAGCAGCUGCGCCUAAUGAAGAUAUCUUCAAUCAAGCGCCAGAACAAGC